AUGACAUCAGAAAUUAUAGCUGCAGGAAAGAAUUCUGGUAGUGGAGUGUAUGUGACUGCUUAUGUCAAUGACGUUCAGACAACAGUAGUUGUUGAUAGUGCAGCAUCCCAUAUUAUAAUAUCAGAUAAGGUGUACUCAAGACAUUUACCACCCAUUAUAUCUAAGCUAACCCUUACUCUAGCAGGAAGGGGAACUUCAAUGGCGGGUCACAUGGUGGGGCCGAUUCCUGCUAUAGUAUAUCGUAGGGGAAAGCUAUCGUCCAUCUGUAUCACUAAUACUUCAGAUUACUACUUGACUAUGAAACGGGGCCAGAGUAUUGGUAAAGCAUUCGAAGUCAAUGCCAAACUGCCAAGUGCAAUUCCAAGUACCACGGUAGACGCCAUGGACCAUGGGAUCAAUAACGAAUCCCAUGAUCUGUCUAUUUAUCUACCUUGUUUAGGUUGUCAGCUGGAAUUAUGUAAGAACAUGUUAAUCAUCUCUUGUCAACCCGCGCUCAUCGGAUGGUUCAGAUACCAGGGGGAAAUGGGAAGGUCUGUUCCCUACGAGAGCAGGAAUUCGUGGUUGGCAUUUGGGGAUUUAUCCCGAAAGCUCUUCCCAGGCCAAAUAUUUGUAUUUCAUCGUAGAGGCACGGAUUGGAAGAGCUAUGAUUGGUCAGUUGUGACAACAGUUGCUAUGUUUGAAGAGUAUGACCCUCAAUUGAUGUGCUAUGCCCACUCAAAGAGUGCCAGGGUGGUUUUAAAGGGUUACCUAUCAGCAACACAACUUAAAAAUGAAACAGUAACUCAGCAAUGGAUCUCCAAACAAGUUCAGUUGGCAGUUGAUCAGUUUAUGGAUGGUAUCAAUAUCGACAUUGAAUACCCUUUGGACAAAUCGGAAGCUCCGUUACUAACACAGUUGGUUGCUGACACCACCAAAGCUUUCCAUCAAGCUAUACCAGGUUCACAGGUUACCACUGAUGUUAUGUAUUCACCUGACUGUAUUAACGAAUGCUGCUAUGACUACAAAGGUCUUGCAGAGUCAUGUGACUUCUUGUUUUUGAUGUCGUAUGAUGAACAGAGCCAGAUUUAUGGUGACUGCAUCGCUAUGGCAAAUUCACCAUAUAAUAAAACUGUUUCUGGUGUUGAGAAGUAUCUACAGCUUGGUAUUUCACCUGAUAAACUUGUACUUGGUGUACCCUGGUAUGGGUAUGAUUAUUCCUGCAUCGAUUUAACUGAGCAUCAUGUAUGCACUAUUAAGAAGGUUCCAAUCCGUGGAGCACCAUGCAGUGAUGCUGCUGGCAAACAGAUUGAGUAUGGUGCCAUACAGAAGAUGUUGAGUGUUAAUUCCACAACAGGACGUCUGUGGAACAGUACUUAUGCUGCUCCUUAUUUUCAGUAUAAGAGCACCUCAACAGGUGUUACCCACCAGAUGUGGUAUGAUGACCCGCAGAGUCUCAAGUACCGUUACAGUUACGCCAGUAGUGUUACCCUCCGUGGAGUUGGAGUGUUCCAUGGAGAUUGCCUGGAUUAUAGUGGCGAUAGUACGGCUAAACAACAAACGAAAGACAUGUGGGAUGCUGUUGCUUCAUUUUUGUGAAAUUUACAGGCCUAAACAAUUAUUUUGCUUUCAUUGUUUUUGAUUGCUGCUUAGGGGAAGGGAUUGUAAAACGAAAUGUAUGUAAAUAUUUAAGAGAAAAAUACUUUCAAAGGGAAGGGAUUGAAAACGAAAUGUAUGUAAAUAUUAAGAGAAAAAUACUCAAAGACAUUAUUUUUGGUUUCCAAGACAAGAAAAGUUUUAAUUGUAAUUUUUAUUUUAUUAAUGAGCGCACAUAAUCCUGUAAAGGCAUUAAAAUUAUAUAUCUGCCUACGUCAUGCACUCAAGAGCAGAAAAGAGAUUAAUAAGCUAUUGCACCUCAGUGGUUUCUUCCAAGUGCUCACUAUUAUAUACGACAUGUUGUAUGUACUCUAUUUAUUGUUCCAGUGGCCUAGAGUUACUGUAAGUUAGAUUGAAUUAAUAUACAUUAUUUAAAUUAAAUUAAAUAUGUUUAGUGAGUGCUGCAAUUAUAAUAUGGUGCCAUUUGAGGCAUGUCUUAAAGUUAUAUGCACUACAUGGUUUGACUAAGUGUAUAUAUUGAACCAUGAUAAAUUGUUCAAUAAUUAUGAAAAUACUGAUUUUAUUGUUAAGUUUAACAGAAUGCACUAUCCCAAAUAAUGUACAAUGGGUCUGUGGCAUGUCAUUUGUAUGCUUUUGUAUUUUACUACAUAGAAACGUAUCUAUUUGAACAUUGGUUACAAAUAGAGUUACCUUUUGAAUAUGUGUGGUCUGCAGCUGGGAUGGGUCAAGCAUGAUGAUGAUGCUACUCCUUCAGGUGUGUUCCCAGUGGCCACCAAUUAUAUUUUUUAUUAACUUCUCUGGUUUAUUCUCCAUGUCCUCUGAGCGGUGCACCGGCAGGCAAUCGAACCACACAUUUAUAAGGAUUUACUUUCCUGUAUAAAUCUGGUAAUUGAUUGAUAAUUUGAUUAUUGUGAAUAUUUAUUUUGUUGAAAGGUAUUUUUUAAGUACUUUAAGACAUAUAAACAUUUGUACUGUUCUUUAGAAUGUUUUAAAUAUUGUCAGACAACCUGCAAUGCAAUACACAGAAUAAAUGUAUUUUUUAAACCAGGUUA